AUUCUUGAUUUCGCUGGUGAUGUAUCGUCUGCGCGGUGAUUUCCUCGUCCUGCUGGUGGUUAUUCUAGCGGAGGUCCAGGGUGCCAUGAUAAGAAUCAUCCGAGAGGAUCAUUUUAAGUGCGGAUGUCCAGCAGCGUCGCAGCGGCAGCCGCGAUCGAUCGUCUCGCCGGAGGUCCAGCUGGAGGACGGCGUCUCGUUGUCAACGACCACCACCACCACCGGGCGCAUUUUCAACGGCAAGCCCAGCAGAAGGGGCGCGUGGCCUUGGCAGGUGUCCCUUCAGUUGCUACACCCGAAGCUGGGUUUUAUCGGUCACUGGUGCGGCGGGGUGCUGAUCGACCCCAAGUGGGUGAUCACCGCCGCUCACUGCAUUCACAACGAAUUGUUCAAUUUACCCAUUGGUGCGCUUUGGACCGCGGUGGUCGGCGAAUGGGAAUUGGACUCGGGAGGACGCGGAUCCGCACGCUUGCCCGUCGAGAAAGUGAUCCUUCACGAGAGAUUCAAUAAUUACGUGCACGACAUAGCCUUGAUGAAACUCGCCAGGCCGGCACCUCUGUCCAAGGUCGUUCGCACCAUCUGCCUUCCCGGCCCCGGGCAGGAUCUCAGCCAAGGACAAUGCGUGACUUCCGGCUGGGGUCGAUACGGUCCCUCGCCCUCGCUCUCUACCGCUCUUCUAGAGGCCAGUGUCCCGCUCCUAAAUCUGGAGGAGUGUCUGCAAGCCUACGGCACCUCGGUACCCAUCAGGAAGGGCCACCUCUGCGCCGGUCAGAUCGACGGUUCCUCCGGAAGCUGCGUGGGUGACUCCGGAGGACCUCUACAGUGUCGUCGUACUGACGGCGUUUGGCAGCUGGUCGGUGUCACGUCGUUCGGAUCCGGUUGCGCUAGACCGGGCUACCCGGAUGUGUACACCAAGAUACAACAUUAUCUACACUGGAUCAACAAGACAAUCGACGCCAACAACAACGAUGAACGGCGAUGAAAUUCCCUCCUGUAAAUAUCAAUGAUGUAAAUAUGUAUUGUACAGUAUGCUAGCGUAUCCAGUUCCUUGUACUUGUAUAUAUAUAGUCUCAUCUGCGUUGUAUAUUGUGCGCUAAUUUGUAUUGCACAUAGAAAUCGUUUAUAUUUAUUUUAUAUCUUAGGAAUGUACAUGUGUAUUAUGUAGCUUUUUCUGUUAUAUUAUCGCA